AUGUCGCAACAAGGCACUGUGAAGUGGUUUUCCGACAAGGGUUUCGGAUUCAUCAUGCCCGCUGAAGGUGGCGAGGACCUCUUCGUCCACUUCUCCUCGAUCAACAAGGAUGGUUUCAAAUCCCUGAACGAAGGUGAAACCGUCUUCUACGAUACUGUGUGGGACGAGCAGAAGCAGAAGACUUCUGCCGUGAACGUGACUGGAAACGGUGAUGGUAUUCCUCGUGAAAAGGGCAAAGGAGGUAAGGGAAAAGGCAAAGGCAAAGGCUUUGGCGGUAAAGGCGACUUCGGUGGCUAUGGCGGUGGCAAAGGCUUUGACAAGGGCUUUGAUAACUUAAGGCGAUGCAAUGAAUGCUUAUCUUCAGUGAAAGUACAACUACACAAGGCAAACGCAAUGUAG